AUGGCUGGUACGCACUUCUCCGGCUCUUCAUCCGGUACCAGCGUGAAUGCUCCCCCGCAGGUCAACCCCAAUCCCGAUCUGGCCACCUGCCCUUUGAACGGUCUGCAGGACCACGCCUUUGCUGGUGCCACGACCCCUGCCCAGCAGCAUCCUCUGGAAAAUCUCUCGCCUGACGAACUCGAAGCCGUGCGCGAUGUCAUGCUGCGGAAUGCCUCAUUGGCGUUGACGCCGUUUGGCACGGCUGGCGUGCGCGACUCGUUCAUUUAUGCGAUGGAGCUGCUGCCCCCGACCAAAGCUGCCAUGCUCGACUUUCUCGAUCACAGUGGUCCGCGCCCGAAGCGCUACGCCCGCGUCAUUGUGUACCACGGCGCGUGGGACUCUCCGGUGGUGAACGAGUACCAGGUUGGGCCGCUUCCCAUCAAGGAGAGCGACGAUCCCUACGAUGAGGAUGGUUGCCGCGUUGUUCUUUGGCGCGGACCCAUUCCGUGGGUCAUGAGACCGGUCGCUGCAAACGAGUACGUUGCCUGGGACCCCAUCAUUCGCGGAGCCAUGCGAUCCCUGACCACGCUGCUGCAGGAGAGCUACGGCACGACGUACGACGACGGCGGCAUCUUUUUCACCGACAAUGCGCCGCGCGGCUACACCCGUCUGACCCGCCACAGCUGGAUUUGGAUGAUGUACGCUGUCGAGGGCGAGUACAUUAACUGUCUCGGUCUUGAAAUGCAAAUCAACCAUCUCGACCUCAACCCGGCGAAUUGGUUUAUCACCAACUUUGUCUACAACAAUCAGGGCCCGUUUGCGUCGGCCGCAGAGCUCAUGUGGCAGUACAACAACAAUGCCACUUUCCAAAAGAUCAAGAUGACCUUCCCCGGCACCGAGGCGCAGCAUUUGGCGCGUGAAGAGGCUCUCAAGAAUGGCAACCGUGCUGCCGCCGCUGCCUCCUCCUCCAAGCCCCUGCAGCAGCCGGACAAUUCCGUCCCCGUCUGGAGCUCCAUCCGAACUCGCGAAAACGCAGAGCGCCGUGCCUUUGCCACUCUGCAAGCGCCGCGCACGUACUAUCCCGACGGCGCGCGCUUCCGUGUCGACGGCUCGACCAUUUCGUAUCUCGGCUGGGAAUUCUUGCUGACCUCGUCUAUUCGUUCUGGCUUGAACCUGCGCGACAUUCGCUUUAAGGGCGAGCGCAUCAUUUACGAGCUUGCCAUCCAGGAUGCCUACGCGGGCUACGCUGGUCGUCAGCCCUCCCAGGCCACGUCCAACUAUUUCGACUCUGGCUGGGGCAUGGGCUGGUCGUCCUACGAGCUCAUUCGCGGCGUCGAUUGCCCAGAAACGGCCACCUUCCUCGAUGCCCAUGCCUUGGCCAAUGCUGGAAACGUCAUGACCCAGCACAACGCCAUCUGUCUGUUUGAGGUGGACGCAUCCGGGCCCAUGUUCCGCCACUACUCAAAGCCCAAGCUUUCAAUGACGUACUCGAGCGCUGGCGGUGUUCGCAGCUCGCACAUGAUCCUCCGCACUGCCGUGACCGUGUACAACUACGACUAUGUCUACGACUACAUUUUCCAUCUGGACGGCACCAUCGAGGUGCGAAUGUCAGCGACAGGGUACCUGCAAGGUGGGUUCUACGCCGACAACUCUGACAACAUGUACGGCCAGCACGUCCACAGCGAUACGAUGGGCAAUCUUCACGAUCACAUUAUUGGAUACAAGAUUGACUUUGACAUUGGCGGCCUCCAAAACUCAUACCAAAAGAUGAUGUUCCGCACUGGCGUCUUCCCCAAGAAUCCUUACCUGCCCCCGAGCAAGACGAUGAAGUAUGUCGACCGCGUGACUGUUCCUUCGGAGAAGAAUUCGAUUUCCAUUCUGAAUACGACCUCGCCGUCCUACUGGAACAUUGUCAACCUGGACCAAACCAACACCUGGGGCGUGACGAAAGGCUACCGCAUCCAGCCAAUGGCGACGAUUGUCAACAUUAUGCCCCCGGAAACCGAGUUCAUGAAGGCUGCGUCGUGGUCCAAGUACAAUCUUGCCGUCACCGUUCGCCACGAAAGCGAGGAGCGCUCCACCGAAUCGUUGUACGACAUGCAGGCCCCCGACGACCCGAUCGUCUCGUUUGACGAUUUUCUGGCCAACGACGAAAACAUUGUCCAGCAGGACAUUGUCGCUUGGGUGGCUGUUGGCAUGAUGCACCAGCCGCACGCCGAAGACGUUCCCAUCACGCUCACCGUGGGCUCCAUGACUGGGUUUGUGCUCAAGCCCUUCAACUUUUUCGAUACCAACCCCGCAAUGGACCUCGCACAGGGCCGCUUUGUUCAGGCAAAUGGCGAGCCGGCAGGCAACGUCCGUCCCAUGGUUCCUCUGAAGGAGCAGCUUGCGUCGCCGCCGGAACGCAAGCCAGGCAACGUGCUGGAAGACACACUGGCCAUCAAGCAGCAAUGCGUUGCUCCCAAGUUCCCUUUCUUGUAUGAGGGUACUCCUCACUUCCUCUGA